AGCUUCCUUCUUCCAAUUUGGAACGAUUUCUAAGACGGAUUAAAUCUCAGCUCACGCAUGAAUAGCGCAAAAUUUAUCGCGCGUUAAUUGUCCCAAAAUGGCAAUCUUUAAACCACCAUGACUUUGCGAAAAUUAAUCACAGGUGAAAUAUCUUUUAAAAUUUAAGCUUAGGACAACAAUGCCUUUUGAAUGAUAUAAAACAAAAUCCUUCAAAAGUAGUUAAUUAAAAAGUCGAAAUUUGUCCGAAGAAAAAAACCCACCCGAGCACAAAUAUUCCGUCACUUUCUUUAGGAAAGUCGGAACAAUAAGUUUGGUUGAACUUGCCGGGAAUUUAAAUCAAAUUAGAGUUGGAUAUCCAAUAAAAGGAAAUCAAAAUUUCAGGCUGAUUUGAAUUUGAAAAAAAAUGGUUUCGUUUUUAAAUGUUUUGUUAAUGGAUCAAACUUCAAUAUUGAGCAUCCAUCCGUUUAAAUUAUGAUAAAUGUAUGUGUGUCCAAAGCCUAUACAAUUUGUAGGAAUCAGCAUGUUCCAACGAUACGUGCUAACAGAAGAAUGUGAUUGCAGAGUAGUUAUAACGUCAGAGGAGUGUGACGAGGAAAUAGCUGUGUAUGCGAAGCAAAACAGCAACGUUGUCGCCAUAAUGGCACAAGAUAGUGACUUCGUAAUUUACAACGCGGCCAAAUAUUAUCUUUCGGCGCUUCAUUUGGAUCUGAAUGAUAUGACCACUAAAGUGUACAGCAGCACGGAGCUGGCAAAAUUGAACAACUUGGAUCCGCAGUGGUUACCCGUCAUUGCAACUUUAUUAGGAAACGACUACUUGUCUCGAGACAGUUUAAGGAGCUUUCAUCUACGUAUCACAAACUGGAAGAGAGCCGGAUAUCCCAGGCAUCACCUCUUGAUCCCAGCAGUAGCCAAAGUUGUUAACGAGAAGUUAAAGCUCGCGAUGUCAGUUGACGAGAUGUCAAUCAUUCUAAGCAAAGAAGUGUUUGGCAAAUCUGCAAACAAUGAAAGACAAUUAGCAAUAAAGAACGCUUUAAAAAGUUUUUUUCUACUGAAUACGCCUUCAGAGUCGAAGAAAAACAAAAUAGACGAAUAUUCGGAUAAACUGUUGAAAGCGAUGAUGAAGCAUCCGAACUUCAACCCGAUGUCAGAGCAAGUGUUAGUGCAUUCUUGCGUCGAGCACAGCAACGCGUUCGAAGAUUUAACUUCACAAUUCAAACCUUCAGUUUUGGUCUAUAAGUCGAUUAAUUCUCGGUUCAUGGGAAUUUUGCGCAAACAUCAGCAGCAAAUACCUGGGAAAAACUGGAUCGACGAAUAUGCUGUUUAUUCAGAGCAUUCUGUGAAGCAGGGUAAUAAAGUAAUAGUGUCUUUCCCGCCCUUCGAUUUUGACUUAUUGAAGUUGACUGAAAGUGAUGAUACUACACUAGUUUCAGAGAAACUUAAAAUUCUUCUGUGGGCGGUAACAGGUGAAAAUUUAUUUGAUGAUCAGUCUUACCAGUCAGAAAUGGAGAGAGCGUUUCUCAGAGUCAAUCCUAAGUUUUUUAUUUGCUCACUUGUGCUUUAUUAUUUGUAUCGAUGCGAAAAGAUUUUAGAUCUGGCAGAAAUCGAUCUUUUCGUUACUAUGUUUGUCAUUUUGGAUUCUGAAUCUAACUUGGUAACCAAUGAAAUUCGCGCACGACCGAAUUACAACGCUGUGCAUCUAGCUACUGUUUUUAACCGUGGAGUUCAAACGAUUGGCAGAGUUGCAUCAGUUUUAGGCACAAUUUUGCCGUCUUUUUCAUCCGCGCACCAUAACUUUUUUGACGGUGUUUUAUUCCAGAAAAUAUUUGUGGGCGAAAUUAAAGUUGACAAGUCAAUCGAAAGUGACCGAGCCAAGACAACCAGAGCAGCAAUAUUUGACUUUAUGAAUUUUAAAGCAUGAGUGGUAAGAUGUAAUCUAUCUUGUAUAUAUUUUUGAAUAAUGCAU